AUGGAAUGGGUUGCCCGGCUGGUUACACCUGUACUCUUGAUGGCCGUUGUUGUCAGAUCGGUACCACUUGUCCCGAUGGUUCAGCACCUGAAUGGUCAUGUAGUGAUACAAUGCCAUGUCCAACUUCACACUUAUGUUUCACCACUGAAGAAAAUCACAGUAUUUGCUGUUUGCGAGAUCAACCAUCCUCGCUGCAGUCGGCAUGCCCACCGGGCAGUAUCGAAGUGUAUCCCCGAUUCGGUGAUCACUGUCGUUACAGCCUACAGUGUCCCUCACCGUACUUCUGCAAUCAACUGGGAAGAUGCUGCCAGCCUUAUAUAUAAAGGGCAACAAGCAAGUGGACUCGUAUGUACUUACUCCUCGUGCUCGAAUACAAACCCGUGCUCCACGGGUACCUGUAACAACGGUUACUGCUGCAGUUCCGGUUCCGUUCCAUCAUAUGCAGCUGUAGCAACCAGAAAACGUAAGCCUAGAUCAGCACAAACUAACAGCACCACUAAUGAGGUUGAAGAAAAUGAUUGGCCUAUCGGACCACCAGGUUACGGUUUUCCACAUCAUCUUGCCGAUCUGGAUGCCGUACUGGUGAAGGCGGCCGGCGAUGGCAGUGCGUUGCACUUUAACUCUUUGGUUCCACUUGCCACACCCCUAAUUGCACACUGCACAAAAAAUAGCUUUAGGCACAUGUGCUGGUGGUUUUAACA